AUGCAAAAAGAAUGGUUGAAACAAGUUUAUUUACAGAUAGCCAUCUUUUUCUCCUUAGAAACUGUGCCAAUGCUUGGAUUGAUGGGUAUUUUAGCGUCCGGGAAUGAGCAUUUAGCUGUUCUGAACUUCUGGUUGAUCUUGCUCUCUUGUUUCCAGGGAACUGCUUCAGCGAUAGCCUAUUUGAAUUGCUCUGUCUACAAGAGACAUCUAUCUUCACUCAUUCAAAAGACUUUUUUCGUGAAAAAAAAAGGCUCCUCAUCGAUCAGUCUGAGUUUCAUUCGACGACAAAGUCGACGACAAAUCGAUGGCCCGAAUGGAACGCUGUGCUUCUUCGUCACUUGUAUCGCACCGUAUUCGACAAAACUGAGCGCUUUAUUUGAUCAGAUCGUUGGCACAGCUAUUCUCUGUAUGACGAUGGCGGCGAUGCUCGAUCCAAAGAAUGGAGUGCCGAAAUUUUUGCAUCCACUCUUUGGAGGACUAACGGUGCUCACAAUCGGACUUGCGUUCGCUCAAAACGACGCUUAUCCAAUUCACGCAGCAAGAGAUCUCGGCGCUCGUUUGUUCAUGUUCAUCAUUUAUGGGAAAGGAGUUUGGACAAAAGACGAUUAUUACUGGUGGGUGCCAAUCCUUGGGCCGUUGAUUGGUGGAUUUGUCGGCGCUUGGCUUUACGUGUUGUUCAUCGAUUUUCACGCGUGGUCGAAUCGAGAAGAGGAUGAGAGGCGCUCAUUCCAACGUUCUCGGCAAAGUGUGAACUCGGAAACGCCGUCGAGUCUACAAACACGUGAAAGUCGGUGU